GAUGACGUGAACGUUGGCGUGGUGACGUUCGGGCGACCGCGGCGCGUGUUUCAGCCGGCGCUUGGGGCGUGGGUUUAGAAGCUGAGGGAGUCUGUCAGGUGUUCCACGCGCCCACAGGGAGCGCUGUCUCUUCGCCAUUCGCCGCUGAAUGAGCGGUCUCCGUUCCGCCCUUUCGGGAAGCAGAGGUCCUGUGGAGACCGAACGGGGGCCCGUGGGGGGCUCUGGAGCGCUGGAGUGUAGGGCUGCGGCCCGGAAGAGGGGAGGAGAGAGGGUCCCCCCCGGCAGAGCCCGCUCGCGCUGGCCUCAGGGCAGGUCCCGAGGAGGGCCUGGGGCGGCCGCGCGAUGUUCGGGGCGCGGUGCCUGCUCCGAGCCCUGCGCUCCUGCUCCUCGGCUCCUUGCCCGAGGCAGAGACCUGCAGCCAGAGUGAGCGUGCGGGGCGCUCUGGGGGUCCAGAGCGCGAACGGGGAGCGCGUUAAGGUCCAGGGAUGGAUUCGUUCAAUCCGCUCCCAGAAGGAAGUCCUGUUCCUGCACGUAAAUGAUGGGUCAUCUUUGGAAAGCCUCCAGGUUGUAGCAGAUUCAAGCUUUGACAGUAGAGAACUGGCUUUUGGGAGUUCUGUGGAAGUUCAAGGGCAGUUGGUAAAAAGUCCAUCCAAAAAGCAAAAUGUGGAACUGAAGGCAGAAAAAAUUGAAGUUGUUGGCAAUUGUGAUGCCAAGGCUUUCCCUUUUAAAUAUAAAGAGAGGCAUCCUCUAGAAUAUCUGAGACAAUAUCCUCACCUCAGGUGUAGGACUAAUGUUCUGGGUUCUGUACUGAGGGUUCGAAGUGAAGCCACAGCAGCUAUCCAUUCUUUCUUUAAGGACAGUGGCUUUGUGCAUAUUCAUACUCCAGUAAUCACAUCCAAUGACUGUGAGGGGGCUGGAGAACUUUUUCAAGUUGAACCUUCAAGCAAAAUAAAGGUGCCUGAGGAGAAUUUCUUCAAUAUUCCUGUUUUCUUAACUGUCUCAGGACAGCUUCAUCUUGAAGUGAUGUCAGGAGCUUUUACUCAAGUGUUUACCUUUGGUCCAACAUUCCGAGCAGAGAAUUCUCAGAGCCGGAGGCACCUGGCAGAGUUCUAUAUGGUAGAAGCAGAGAUUUCUUUUCUGGAGAGCCUUCAAGAUCUCAUGCAGGUUAUGGAGAGCCUCUUCAAGACUACAGCAAUGACAGUUCUCUCAAAUUGUCCUAAAGAUGUUGAACUCUGUCACAAAUUCUUAGCUCCUGGCCAAAAGGACAGAUUAGAACAUAUGCUAAAAAACAACUUUCUAAUCAUUUCUUACACUGAGGCAGUGGAGAUCUUAAAGCAGGCAUCCCAGAACUUCACCUUCACUCCAGAGUGGGGUGCUGAUCUACACACUGAACAUGAAAAAUACCUGGUGAAGCACUGUGGCGACAUACCAGUCUUUGUCAUUAAUUAUCCAUUAGCACUCAAGCCGUUCUACAUGAGGGAUAAUGAAGAUGGCCCUCAACACACAGUUGCUGCUGUUGAUCUUCUGGUUCCUGGAGUUGGAGAACUGUUUGGAGGAAGCCUCAGAGAGGAACGGUACCAUUUCUUAGAACAGCGAUUGGCCAGAUUAGGACUGACAGAAGCCUACCAAUGUUGGAAUCUGCUUCCUUUUAUAUGGUAAUCAUGGUAUCUUAAACGUAAAAAUGACCUUAAAAAUCUUCAAGUCUGUGAUCUCUGCUAGUGUUCUACCACACUGAAUGUGUAGCUACUCCAGGUGUCUAAGAAUUUUUUCACUUCUCGUUUCUACAUGCCCCAUGCAAAUGAAGUCUGUAACUAGUUCCACAAUUUUUACCAUCUCUUCUAUAGAACCAAUAUAGCAACAAUCAAACAAAUACAGGUUCUUUUGAAAACUUAUUUUUAGAAGUAAAUCUUUCCAUCUAUCAAAGCAAAGGUAAGAAAAAUACUACAGGCAGAAUGCUUCUUCUGAAUUCAGUUUCCAGAUAUUUAUGCCAGUGUUCUGACAUCUGUGUAUGAGAAAUUUAAAGCCAGCUAAAGCUGGGUACUGGACUUUUAGCAGCCAGCUCAAAUCCUGCAGGUGUUUGUGGCAGGUGGUAUGAUAUGCCUUUCAUCUCAUUUUCUCACUAAAUCAAAGUAUGUUCUGCCUCCAUGCCUUAUAAAGUUAAUUCAGCUAUCAAACAUUUCAGUUACUCAAGACUGAGUUCCUUCCAUUAUUCCUGAUCAUGCUUACUAAUCUCAGGUUUUAUCCUAGAUAACGUCUUUCUUAUUGAUGUCUCACUUGGUUGUAACUCACCUAGUUGUAGUUUGUCUUUUAUUUUAGAAAGAGAAGUACUUAAUUAGCUAAAAUACCAAUACAUGUAGUCAUUAAUAGUGGGGGAAUAGGUUAUAGUCUUUAUUCUUAAAGAGCCAAAUGACUACCAGCUGUGGUGUUUAAGUUUUAUGCUGUAUGUUUGUAUAUUUUACAAAUCAUUCAAGAAACUAUAAAUUUAUUUUAAUCUGUAUUAUAUAAUUCAGGAAUUCCCACCAUCAAGUGACAUAAUAAAAAGAGUUAUAGAGUCUUCUUCUUUCUCUUCCUUUCAUAAAAUAACUGUAUCCUGGACUGGUAUAUUGGAAUCUGAGUUUGAAUCCUGAGUGUACCGUUUUCUAGCAUGUAGUCUUAAUGUGGGAGUAGAACACACAUGGAUGGACUUCACAGGCUGUGUAGCCUUUCAGAAAAAUGACUGUGGACAUUUUCCACCAGGCUUAAUGCAGAGGAGUUGAAGUUUUUCCUCACUGCAGCCCUCAAGAGUAUAUUAUUAUACCUUCAAACAAUAACUCUCCAUGUAGUAAGCAUCUGUUUCUGGGUAGUCACUGGAGAUAAAGGUUGAAUAAGAUGCAGUUCCUGCCCUUGAUGUAGCUUACAGACUAGUAGGAAGGGAAUCUCUUUUUGUAAUACAUCAGGCAAACUGUUUCACCUUCCUCUAUAUAUUGAACAGUAUGGUUUUGAUAAGGAAAAAAAGAACAUUAUCAUUGAUAUACUAGGAAGCAGAAGAGAAGUGUAUUUAAA